AUGUUACCUCCUAGUGAAAUCUUCACUCUUUAUUCGUCAUUGUGUCAACUGGUCCGGUUGACGGCAUGGAUAUUACGUUACACACAUAAUAGCAGAAAAAUCAAUCGAACAGUCAGACGAAUAGGAGUGCUCAGUGCACGAGAACAUGAAGAAGCAUUGCUCGUUUUAGUGAAAUUGGCACAAUCCGAAUGUUUUCCAAUUGAACUGUCGGAUCUAGCAGCGAGAGGAGAAGUUAAGCCUACCUCUAAAUUACAUUCCAAGGAUCCUGAGCUACGAGACGGUGUGAUUCGCGUUGGCGGUAGACUUCGUCAUGCUCCAGUUACGUUCGACAGAAAACACCCGAUAGUGUUGGACAGCAGUCACCUAUUAACCAAGCUGAUAAUGAAAGAAUAUCAUCAUAAACUCCUCCACGGAGGACCGCAGCUUAUGCUUUCCUGCAUGAAGGAAAGAUUCUGGCCACUUUGUGGGCGAAACCUAGCGAAGAAAGUAGUUCAUGAAUGUGUUCCUUGCUUUAGAGCACGACCACGCGUCCAUGACCAACUGAUGGGCGAUUUACCGUUGGAAUGGGUAACUCCAGCUCCUGCCUUCCUGCGAGUUGGAAUUGACUAUUGCGGUCCAUUUAGUCUCCGCCACACGUCGCGAAAGGCCAUUCCGGCUAGGUGUUACUUGUGCUUGUUCAUCUGCUUGGUGGUCAAAGCUGUCCACAUAGAAGUGGUAGCCGAUCUUACGACCGAAGCCUUUAUCGCAGCACUAAAACGUUUCAUUGCCAGGCGCGGCAAACUUGGAGUAAUUUUUUGUGAUAAUGCCACCAAUUUCGUAGGCGCUCGGAGAGAACCAAGCGAAUUGCACCGACUGUUCCGCUCUGAACAAUUUCAAAAUCCGAUAGUUACAGAGGCAGCAAAGGACAUGAUCGAUUUCAAAUUUAUUCCUGCGAAAUCACCGAACUUCGGUGGGUUAUGGGAAGCAGCCGUGAAGUCCCUUAAGGGUCACAUGCGACGAGUCAUUGGAAAUAAUUUACCCCGUCCUGAUGAAAUGUUCACCGUUGUCACGCAGAUCGAAGCCUGUCUCAAUUCGAGACCAAUCACUCCACUAAGCAGCGAUCAUCGAGAUUUGGAAGCCCUUACUCCUGGGCACUUCCUAAUACAGCGCCCUCUCACCGCCAUUCCAGAACCCAGCCUCACGGAUAUACCGGAAAACAGACGAAGCAGGUGGCAAUUAGUCCAACAGUUCUUCCAAACGAUCUGGAAACGUUGGCCAACUGAAUAUUUGUCAGAUCUCCACAAUCGAAACAAAUGGACAAGAAGGAGAAACAACCUACACAUCGGAACGAUGGUGUUGGUAAAAGAGGAUAAUUUACCCCCACUGAAGUGGCAAUUAGGACGUGUUACAGAAAUUCAUCCAGGAACCGAUGGCAACAUAAGGGUUGUCACCGUUCGCACCCAAAAGGGAACGUAUCGGCGAGGCAUUCAAAAAAUAUGCAUUCUUCCGAUCCGUGAUAAUCAACCGCAUGUCAAGGAUACCCAGUAA